AAACCACGCUUCGAGCUUCGCAUGGUCGACUGUCCACCCGACUGGUUGGAGAUACAAUUGUCUACCAAGAGAAAGCGCAGGCACGCGUUCCCUGCUGCCGUGACGUAGCCCUACCCGAGUCGACAGAUUCGACAGGCGCAGAAGCAGACGCGAAUCCGCAAACAUGUUCUGGAGAUUUGGCGGCUACGCCAACAUUUCCCCCAUCGACACCAUUCUCGAGAAACCCGAUUUUACCAUCGAAGACCUCCUCGACGAGGGCGAGCUCAUCCAAGAACUCAAGUCACAUAAUGCCAAGCUCAUCGACUACCUCCGCCAGGACGACGUCCUCGCAAAGCUGCUGGAAUAUGUCGUCGCUCCCAAGCUAGAGCCUGUUGCAUCUCCUGGGAACGAUGGCGAUGAUCAAGAUGGCCAAGAAGAGGGUAACCAGGGUAAGAGCCUCCUCCGGCCUUUUUCGCGGCCCCGUGCCUCGUCCAGGGAAUCUGAUGCCAGCGCCGACGAAGAGCAAGAGAGGAAGCGCAAUCGGUACGCCUACAUCGCUGCCGAGGUCCUAUCCUCCGACACUUGGUCUAUUUACGACGCUCUGCUCGAGAAUGAACCUCUCAUUCGCCGAUUCUGGACCUUCCUCCAACAGCCCACGCCACUCGAUCCUCUACAAGCCAGCUAUUUCACCAAGGUCAACGAAGCCCUGUUCGACAAGAAAACGGAAGAGAUGGUGAACCUUCUCAAGUCGCUGCCUGAAGCCAUUCCCCAUUUAGCACGCCACGUCGAGAGUCCCAUGAUCAUGGAUCUCCUUCUCAAGAUCGUCGCCUUGGACCGCACCGAAGGUGGCCAGGGCAUUGUCGAGUGGCUUUACUCUCAAGACCUGGUCCCGACUCUCCUUGCCUUCCUCAGCCCCGAGAACAACUGGGUUGUUCAGACAGCAGCCGGUGACUUCAUCAAGGCCAUCAUCACCAUCUCAGCCAACGCAUCGCAGAACGACCAACAAUGUAUCGGUCCCAACGAAUUGACGAGGCAGCUGGUCUCCCAGCCAUGCAUCGAACAGCUCAUCCAAUUCAUGCUGCAUGGUGGCAAUCCCUUGACCGUGGGCGUGGGUAUCGUUAUCGAAGUCAUCAGGAAGAACAACUCGGACUAUGAUCCCGAUGUCGGCAGCGAGGCCAAUUCCGUUCCCUCCAGUCGCGACCCUAUCUAUCUGGGCACCCUACUUCGUCUCUUCGCCCAACAUGUCCCGGAUUUUGUCAACCUGAUCAUGCGCGCCCCCGCCCAGACGCCCAAGGCCGUGUCCACCUUCGGCAACAAGAUCGAGCCGCUCGGCUUCGACCGCUUCAAGACCUGCGAGCUCAUGGCCGAACUUCUGCACUGCAGCAACAUGGGUUUGUUGAACGAGGUCGGCUCCGAGGAGUUGAUCGCCGCCCGCGAUGCUGAACGCCAUCGUCUGAGAAGAGAAGGGAGGCUUUCACCUAACCGUGGCGAGGAAGCUCAUUCCACAUCAGUUGACGACAUGACGCUGCACAUGAGCCAGUCGUCGCCCGAGGAGGGUCGGAGGUUGGAAGUCACCAAUAUUUCUGACGACGACGGUUUCGAGCAGGUCGAGCCCAGUCGCGAGAUGAACGAAGACACCUCCCACGAGUUUGUCAAGGCCGAGGAAGAAAUCCCAGCUGCACCUGCUCCUGCUACAUCGUCGUUCCUCGACAAGGACGACGGCGAUUUUGUCGACGAGCCGCUGAGCUCGCCGAGGCUUCAUGUCAGCGACGCCAAGAUGACCGAGCAGGAAUUUGAAGAUGCCGAUCUCAUGGUCGCGCCCCUGUCGCCCACCAAACAGAAGACCCCCAGUUCCCAAGACCCGGCUGAAAUCAGGGAGCCGAAGCCGGAAGCGCCGUCGGAUCUCGCAGCUAAGAACGAGAACGAGGGGACUACCCGGGAACCUAUGGACAUCAAGACGGAGUCGGAGCCCGACACAAAGGCCUCUGUCCAGCCCAACGCGACCGUGGUCACGGGGAGAGUCGACGCCGCUGGUGACACAAAGUCGGAGACCAAACCGACGGAGGAGAAGGACGGCGACAAGGCGAAGGAUCUGGGUUCUUCGGCUGUGAAUCCCCCGUUUGUCGCGGAACCAAAGCCGGAACCAAAGCAGGAACCAAAGCCGGAACCGGAAUCGGAACCCAAACGAGAACAAAGCCCUGAGGAGAAACCCGUUGCUGCAACUGAAUCUAAGCCCAGCACAGACACCUCGAUUGUUCCGCCGGCUGGGCCUGAGGUCCCAGCGCCCCUCUUUUCCGACUCUUCUGCACCCGCCGUUCAGUCGCACGAGGAUGAGAAAAGUACGGACAAGAAGACACCUACGCCGAUGGCGGUCGAUACCCCCGACGUCUCCCAGACGACACCAGAGGCCCCGGGCAGCAAUUGGCUCCCUGUGGUCCACGAAGCUCCGAAGGCGGCAGAAGCCUCAGUGACCGCUGAGCCUUCUGCGAUCUCUGGAGCCCCGAAGACACAGGAAGCCUCAGCCAGCACCGAGUCUCCUGCGGUCCCCGGAGCCCGCACAGUCCCGGAAAUUCAGCCCGUCUCCCAGGGAUCGGACGCUCCUCAAGUCCCUGAAGUGCCUGAAGUGCCUGAGGUUUCAUUUGUUCCUGAAGCCCCCGAGGUGCCUGCCGCACCCGAGCUACCCGAGGCACCCGAGGCACCUGAGGUGCCUGAGGCGCCUGAGCCCCCUCGAAUGACUUCCAAGGAUGGCGAAGAUGCUGCAGUAUUUUCUGGUCCUCUUCCAUUGGCCCCCGAGGUACCGGAGGCACCAGAUGUACCGGAAGUCCCGCAUGCUCCUCCGGCUCCUCAUCCUCCUCCCGCAGUGGUGGGUGAUUACUUGAAGAUGCAGUUUGUGGAAUACAACGUAGUCCCAAUUAUUCUUUCCUUCUUCUUCGCCUACCCCUGGAACAACUUCCUGCACAAUGUGGUCUAUGAUAUCGUCCAGCAGGUGUUUAACGGGCCCAUGGACAGAGGAUUCAAUCCGACCCUGGCAGUAUCUUUGUUCGAAUCGGCGGACAUCACAAAGGCUAUAAUCGAUGGGCAGCUGGCGAGCGACGAAUCGCAGGCCAAGAGGAAGACACGCAUGGGAUACAUGGGCCACUUGACGCUGAUUGCCGAAGAGGUGGUCAAAUUCACGGAGCGCCACCCGCCCGAGCUGCUCUCGGAGACGGUCCUCGACCGGGUUAUGGACCAGAGCUGGAUCAACUACGUCGAAGGCGCGCUGGCAGAGACGAGGGAGCGGGAUAAUGCCAUCCUCGGCGGGGUCCGGCCCGAGGUCGCUCUCGGCGGGCGCGCAGCUGCCAUGCCCGGCGGGGGUGGCCUCCCGUCAGCCGGGUUCUCCGGUCUGGGCCCAUCGUUUGGCGGGAGCUCUCAGGGCGGUGGUGGCUCCAGUGCGCUUGCCGAGGCGGGUCUCAACGGUGGCAUGGACCUGCCGGAGAAUAGCGGCAAUGGCAAUGGUGGGAUCGGGCCUUUCGCUAUCAGUGCCGGCACGUUGAUGUCUGGGUUUGGCAGUUCGAGCGACGAAGAUGACGACGACACGGAAGACAACGAAGAGGAUGUGAACAAUGAGUUCCGAGCAUACACCGAGCCUCUCAACAACCAAUCUUCGUCGACUUCCAUGAACCCGCCGUCCAUCCCUCCGCCGCCGCCGCCUCCUCCACCUCCACUGAACAUCCCCCCCUCCCGUGCUCGCAUGCAGCUUGCGGCGCGACUGGCGCUGCACCAGAAGAAUCAGCAUCAUGCUAGUGGCGGCGAUGCCCAGGGAGGCAACAGCGGGGGGGCCGGAGAUGAUAACCGGAGGCCGGGGUCCCGGGAGGCUGCUCGGGAACGGCUCCGGAACCCGUUCGCAGACGACGACGACGGCGACGACGACAUGGACAGCGAUGACGAGGGCGAGGGCGAGGGUGCCGGCGGACCGUGGCGUUCGUCGGUCCGCGGCUCGUGGUGGCGCGGCGUGGUCCGGCGGCGUCAGACCGAUCGGUUCGGAGGAGGGGGCGACUCGGACUCGGACCAGGAUGACGCGGAGGACGAGGACGACGAGUUUGGCGACUUCACCAUGCCGGAAGCCGAGCCGGCGCCUGGCACGGACCCGACCGAGAAGGUGUUGUUCAGGCCGCUUGCCGUGCAUCCGCCGGCGGCGGGGUCUUCGUCGGGGUACCCCAAGACGUUUACGGGGCUGUGGCCGUUCGGCCCUAAGGAGGAGAAGACGGAGGCACAGGUGAAGGAUGAGGAUGAGGAUAAGGGCAAGGGCAAGGGCAGGGACAAUGGGAAGGGGAAGGAAACGGAAGGCGGCAAUGGCGGGGAGGAGGAGGAGGAGGAGGAGGAGAAGAAGAAGCGCGCGGAAGAAGAAGAUAAGAGUAGUAGUAGUGUGAGCGCCCCCGCUGCUUCUCCCGGAGCGGAAGAAGAGGGCGACGAGAAAGUGCAGGCUGCGGUGGAGGCGAAGCGGCGGACGAGCAUCGAGGAUCCGGAGGAGGACGAAAUUGUGGUGCAGAAACCGUAGGGGUUGAAAAAAAAAUGCUGGGCCUGGCCCGGCCCGAACCGAACCGGCAGCAGCGCUUUUUCUUCCAGGAAACGGGGCACAUGACUUGCAAUGAACAGACACGUUGGGAUGGACUUUGGGUGAGGGGGAUUGGAUUCAGGGGCUGUUAUGAAAUGGGAGGGUUCGGGAG